CUUCGGUUUUCCGAGGGUUUCUCCAGCCGACGAUACCGAGCGCAGCUGCCUCAUCGCAACGCGCUUCUGGCCAGCGAGCGGCCUGCGGCCAUCUUACAUUGUUGGGAAACCUGCGCAACCGUGUCCUUAUUCGACGACAUUGGCUCGAUCUACUGCAGCGGUCCUCAGCCUGGCGCUGAAGCACGCGGCGUCAUGGGCGGCCCGACGAGCACGCUGAAGGGCCUGAAGGCCAACGGCGUCAACGGCGUCAACGGCCUGAAUGGCAUCAAUGGCCUCAACGGCAAGGGCACCGCAAAAUUGCCCCUUGGUAACCGUGCCGUGUAUCCCAAUAAGAGUCCUGGUUACAGGGGCCCCGGAGUCCUCGCCCGAAUCUUCGGCAUCGUCGCCCGGCUGCUUACCUGGUACUCCAUAUUUACGAUUCUCGUUCGAUGCCCUGCCUCGCUUGAAGCCUGCGAUGAAACGUCCCCGCGCAUCUGCAAACCCUACUUCCAACUUAAACACACCGUAGCACCGCAUGUCGAGCCUUAUUAUGACGCCUAUGCGGCACCCUAUAUCGAGGCGGCGCGGCCGUACUAUGACGCCCUCGACCAGAAGAUCAUCACGCCAGGGUGGGGUUAUGCGAAACGAGUUGGCGAGCCGAGUGUGCGGAAGGUGCAGGCCCUCGGCAAGGCGCAGUGGGAGAAGAAUGUCCAGCCUCAGGUCGAGAAGUACCGAGACCUCAUCGGAGCACAGUACGAUGAGAGGCUAGCUCCGCACGUCCACCGCGUCUCGACCGCGUUCGGUCCGUACUACGAUAUCGCACGGACCAACAUCCUCCAGACCUACCACGAGACGCUGCUGCCCGCGUACCAAUUCGUGGAACCGCACCUGCUGGAGGGUUAUCGGGCAACGUCUGCCUUUGCGAGCCGCACCGUGGUGCCGACAGUCUUCUGGGCGUGGAACAAGACGUAUGCCUUCGUCGACGGUACGGUGGGGCCGCAGCUCAGGGCCAUCUACAUGGAGAACGUUGAGCCCCAGCUCGUCAAGAUCGGGAAGCGCCUGGGCCGCUAUAGCUCAGGCAAGAAGUCGGUUCCGAAGCCGCUGAUGGAUGCUUCGCCAAGUGCGACGACCGAGACCACUUCGUCGUUCGCCAAGCCUGCCGUUUCGGUCUCUGUCACCUCUAGCUCCUCGGCGACCCCGUCCGCCAGUGCCGUCCAGGACGAAAAGAAGGCAGCCACUACCGACGCGGCUCGGACGAGGGCAACGAUGGAGCCCAUCCCGCCACCAGAGGUCGACGAGAAACUCGAGGAAGAAGACCCGACGCGGCGCAGUGCGCGCGAGAUCGUAGCAGCUGAUCUCCGAGACUGGCAGGAGAGGUAUGCCAAGGCCGCCGACGAGGGCGCGGCAGAGAUCGACGAGCGCGUUCAGGAGAUCGCCAAGAGAAUGAUCCGCCGCAAUGCCAAGGCCACCGGCAAGUCGCAUCUUGAGCAGUUGCAAGGCUCUGCCGUCUCAGAGCUCGUGUCACUUCGUCGCGCCAUCUUGGAGAUUAUCGGCGCUGUGAACAAAGGCGCUGCGACUGCCGAGGAAGGCGAAAAGCAGAUUGCGAACGCCGUCCGGCGUACCGGUAUGGCGGUCAAGGACAAGGCACAGGCUGUGCGCAAGUGGCGCGAGACCUACGAGGCCGAGAUGCAGACCGCCAUCACGAAAGCGGCGGAGACCCACUUCGCCAUCCUCGAGAACAUCCGCGACUUGGCGCUCCAGAAGAUCGGGAUGAAGUGGGCUUGGAUGGAUGGCGUGACCUACAAGGACUGGGCCAAGUAUCACCUCCUCAAGAGCCGCUUCGACGAGUGGAAGGGCGACCUUGAGAACCAUGUCGUCACCCACCCCAGCCUUGAGGCUGCCCAGGCUUCCGCGGCUGAUAUUGAAGAUGAAGCGAUGAAGGUCGCUGCGUCCACUGCAAAGGAACUCGCUCGUCUUAAGCAGGUCGCGCACUGGAAGCUCGUUGCCGGCGACGAUAGCGACGAGUUUGACAGCACACUGAUGCAGCAGGCCGCUGAGGCUGCUGAGGCCACCAAGCUGGCGGCGGCAAGUGCUGCCGAAGCGGUCGGAGAAUCCGUCCAGCAGGCCAAGGACGCAGUGGUGGAUGCCAUCGGCGAAGGCGCCAGCCUUGCCGCGGGGGCAGCCAGCGGGGGUGCCAGCUUUGCGUCUGAAGCCGCCGUUAAAGCCACCGAGUCUGUCCUUAGAUCACGCGAGGAGCAGCAACGAAGCGAAGCGGCUUCAGAGAGCAGUCCCAAUGAACCGUCUGAAGCCGCCGCAGCCCUCGAGGAUUCAGAGACCAGCCCGACCGACCCGGCCGGUGCUAAGGAUACUACCGACCCGGAAGUUGAGUAUGUUGCCGCUGCUUCGGAAGAGAUCUCCAGCGUUGUGGAGCCCACUUCGGAGGCGAACCCCGACGCUGAGGGCGAAGCACCGGGCCCCGAACCUGCCUCAAGCAUGAUGUUCGAGACCCUUAAUGCCGUUGGCAACGUUACGGAAGCAAUAAAAGAGCAAGAGGACAAAGCCGUCCCGGUUCAUCUACCCGUGAAGGAUUCUCAGGAUGAAGAGAAUACCGAGUCUGGGAGUGCCGGGCUACCUGCUUCCGAAACUGCUUCUGUCAAGCCAGCGCUCUUCGGGGCCGCCGCGCAAUCCGUGCCCAGCCGCAAGCCUAUUUUGGACGAGGACGAGGACGAAGAUACUCUGGAUGUUUCCGAGGCAAUGGAAUCAAUGCGGAAAGACCUGAAGUCGGCUUACUCGGCAGCCAUGUCGAGAGCAAACGAGCAGUAUUCGCAGGCGUUGUCCAUCGUCUCUGCUCAGAUCAAGGGCACGCCGAAACCAGCCCACGAGCAGCUUCUCGCGUCGGUCACGUCCGCAUACAGCAAGGCCAUGGCUUCGGCAAGCGCCCGACUCGACGACGCUCUUGGGGCCGCAUCUGACCAGAUGUACGGCAAGACGACGGCCACCCGUCGCAUCUUACCUACUACCAUCCCUACGCCUCAAAUGCCAAGCGUCGAGUGGUCACAAAUCGAGUCUGUCGCAGCCGAGCGCCUGCAGCAGGGUCGCGCCUGGGCAGAGGAGCAGUAUGAGAGCGCCAAGAUCGCCAUUGGCCUGGCGACGCCGAGUCCGACGACCCCGUCAGAGCACGUCAGUAAGCUGCUCGACAAUGCGCGACACAACUACUACGCCGGUGUCGGGUUAGCUCACGCCCGGUACUCCGAGUUCCUCGCCGCAGCGAGCUCGGCCCUGAGCUCCGUGACCGCCACGCCCACCCCAACCGAUAUGGCCGGGGCUGCUUCCUCCAUUGCCUCUGCUGCCAGCGACUCGGCGGAGUCGGCUGUGUCAGCCGUCAGCGACGGCGCCGCCUCUGCCGUGUCGGCUGCCAGCGCCGGCGCCUCGUCUGCCGCAUCCGUGGCCAGCCAAAACGUCGCUGCCGCGGGUGACAAGGUCGCCGAGAGCUGGGACGCCGUGGUGUCCCGGAUCAGCACGCAAGUAUACGGCGCGCCCACGCCGACGCCGUGGUACGAGAGCAUCUACAGCGCGGCGAGCGAGUACGCCUCGUCGGCAACCUCGGCCGCGGGCGAGGGCGCGGCAGCAGCCACCAGCGCCGCCGCGGCCGGGUCGGACGAGUUGGCGAAGCGGUACGCCGCCGCCAGCAGCAUCGUGUCGGAGCUGCUGGUCGGCAAGGAGCCCACCUUCUCGGAGAGUGUCAUGUCGCGGCUGAGCGCCGCGUAUGUCACGGGUGUGUCGUCGGCGUCGAGCGCGGCCGGCGCGGCGCAGGCGACGGUCGUCGCGGCGGCGAACCAGGCCGGCGAGGCGGCCCGCAGCGUCGGCGACAGGAUUGCCAGCGCUGCUAGUGAUGCCACUGACGUGGUGAAGGAUGCUGCCGCGGGGUCGGAUGGUAGCAAGGAUGAGCUCUAACUCUGACCUUACUAUGGGCUCUUCUACCUACCUACUAUGGGGAGGGAAGGACGAAGCAAGCAAGUGGAAGAGAUGAUGAUCCGGAUUCAGCAAAAAAAAAAAAAAAGAAAAAAAAGGGAAAAAAAGGGUGAGACGGCAACAACUAGGCCGGGGUGGGAUGGGAGGCUUAACGCAAAUUGUAUCUUUGGGACUCUCUUUUGUUCCUUAUUUGCUUUUUCGGUUUGUGUUUUUUGUAGCAUUACUUCAACAUA